AUGUCGAGCGCUGAGCGGCUCCCCGAUCUCUGCGCACAGAUGCUACUGAUUAACGUCUGCGCAUUAUUUCUUCUUGAUUUCCUUUCCAACCCCAUCCACUGUGUUGUUUUGCAGUUCUUUAUCAUCGUCUUGCCCGGUAAGUGCUAUUCUUGACGUUAUUCAUGAAAUUCAAGCAAUCCUUUCAUUUACUGUGCAUCUUGGUGUAGUGGCUUAUAUUUUCUGGUUCUACGAUCCAAGGCAACCUAAGUAAAUUACUGUGUGCAUGUGUACAGGCAGAUGACGAUCAACUAAUCUAACGUCCUUUUCUCAUUGCAUAUGUUCUUUUUUCCCUGAUACCGUUAUUGAAGUUGACUGUUGCAUCGUUAUACCUCUGGUUCUUCUCCCAUCACUCCUGUAAUCGGUCGGCAAGCAUCGUUCUGCAACUCGCCAAAUUCCUUCCUCGGAAUUCCACUACAGGCGACGUUUACGGAAGGUUAGUGCACCAUGCGGAAGACUCUUCAAAUGAUUAUUUUUUUCAAUCAUAUUAACUCCCCACUUAUCAUGCGGAUAUUUGAACAACUUCUGCUGAUUUCCUGUCUACAGAGAUGCGGUAUGUCCGUCAACCGGAAAUUCGGCCGCUGAUGGAGGCGUGGUAAUGAGGAUGCCUGUGUUGUGUAGCCGCGAAAAAGAAGGUCCGGUGCCAGCUGUGGGGACAACGGAGAAGAAUGCGUCAUGGCAGAGUGGGGUCGUACAGAGGGAAGUGAGUAAGUGAAUAUCUGAACUUAAUUCAGCACUGCCCAGCCCGCCCAGUUUGUCUCAACAUUAUCUUCUUUUCUUCUCAAAUAACAGGCAACACUGUUGAAUAUGCGUCUCCAAUGGCUAGAAAGGUGGCCGUCAGGCCAGAUCUCUACACUGUUGAAGAGGUUUCUGAAGAGGAGGAGAAGGCGGCUGAAUUGAGUCUAAAUGAGGAUUUUGAAGACAGCGAGAUGGAGAGUGAACGGAACAAUUUCACGCCGGCCCUACAGCACUGCACCGAAGAUACUGACACCGUGUGUAAGGAAACCCUGCCAGAUACAACUGUGCUCCCGACGGAGACGUGGUCGCCUUUGGAUAAGAGCAGAUAA